AUGGCGCCAGUUGGCCAAACCCCCUCUCUGCCCGUAGACGUACGUACGUACAGACGUAGAGUUGCCCCUGGCCUGGCUGCAGCGUGCCUUUGACAAGUUAUUAGGAAUUGCCGACUGUUUUUUAACACGUGUCAGUGUGACGGUUAACUGGCAGAGCUCCACACCACUCUAUUUCAUCAACGUGUCCUUGGAAGAGAGCAGCAGCCUACGUGCAGCUCCUUUCGCUAUUUUAGGCUCAAUUUCUUCAGGAAAAUACUUGCGCUUCUAUUCGAUACAAUAUGGUUUAGAACGUCACGUCAUCGACGCAGUGGCAGUGUACACUAGGAAGUAUCUACUGGGAUCUAUCUACGUUCAACACACCCUACCAGCCAUCCAUCCAAUUUCGUCCGCGCGUUCAGUGUAGGAAAACUGGAUUGCUCAGAUAUUUAAUGCUGUGAACCUCUUUUAUUGUAAUCAGUCUCAAAACGAUACACUCACACAUACGCCACAGAUAUGUUAGCAUCAAGACUAGUCUUGAGGUCAGCCGUGUCCCUGUCAAGUAGGACGUUCUGCAUCAGUUCAUCAUGUAAUCAAGGAAAGGCCCCUGACGUGAAUGAGGGAAAUAGAGAUUGGCUUGUGUCUAAUGUCAGAAACAGGCUUAGGGAAAUUGUGGGAGCAUCCACCAACUGGAGUGACCAUCAGCAAGCGAUGGAGGAGCGGACCUCGCUGAGCUCCCUGCUGGCGAAGAGUCAGGAUGAUCUGCCGGUUAAAACCGCCAAGGACAGUUACACUGAAGCCUACCUCCCUCUUGGCUCUGACCCCACCAUCCGCGAGAAAUACCUCAAUUACCACAACAGCGUCAGGUUUGGUCGGAUCCUGGAAGAUCUGGACAGUUUAGCAGUGCUUAUCUGCUACUCUCACACAUGGAACAAGGAACUGCAGCGGUCACCACUGUCCAUCGUCACCGCCCUGGUGGACAAGAUUGAUAUGAGGAAAAAUAUCAUCUACCCUGACUGCGAUAUCAAGUUUACCGGCAAUGUCACAUGGGUGGGGAAAACCUCUAUAGAGGCCAAGAUGCACAUGUCCCAGUUCCACGAAGGAGCUUACAGCCCAGUGCUAGACGCCACAUUUGUCAUGGUCGCCCGAGAUCCGGAAAAUAAAAGGGCAGCUUUUGUGAAUCCACUAAAAGCAGAGGGGCCGAAAGAAGAGGAAGAUUUUCGAAAUGGAGAAUUAAACAAGGAUCGACGGAAGGAGCUGAGUAAAGCAUCUCUCCUGAAGGUGGCGCCCACCGCAGAUGAGAGGACUCUCAUACACAGCUUGUUCCUGAACACACUGGAUACUCAGACUGUUAGCUUCAGGAGUCGAAAGCUGCCACCGAACUCAUUGUGGAUGGAGGAUGCCAAGAUGAAGGGUCUGGAGAUCUGCCAUCCUCAGGAGAGGAACAUAUUCAACCGCAUAUUCGGUGGCUUCUUGAUGAGGAAAGCCUAUGAGCUGGGCUGGGCCAACGCCUGUGCGUUUGGGGGCUGUCGACCCACCCUGGUUGCAGUGGACGAUAUUCUGUUCCAGAAGCCAGUUGAGAUUGGCUCACUGCUGAUGCUCUCCUCCCAGGUGUGUUACACACAAGACCGGUACAUCCAGCUCAGAGUGCACACAGAGGUGCUUGACCCCUUGACUGGGCAACAUAACACUACCAACGUGUUCCACUUCACCUUCAGAGUGGACAAGGAAGUACCUGCCGUAGUGCCCCGAAGCUAUGGAGAGUCCAUGCUGUACCUGGACGGCAAGAGGCACUUUGAUGAGACAAUGAGGGGUCAGGCCUAAAUCAGACGACGAGGGGUCAGGCCUAAAUCAGACGACGAGGGGUCAGGCCUAAAUCCAACGAUCACAGGUCAGGCCUAAAUGCAAGGAGGAAUCCCUUGUCAAUGCCUUACACGUUUUCGAUACUUCCACCUGCCAAAACUGUAUAAGCACUAGUGGCUUUGGUUUUUGUGUGUGAAUGUGUGUGUGACUGAUUGAGAAUGAAAUAAUGAGAGAGAAUAUAUAUGCAUGCAGUUAUUGUAUCAUUACAGAUUUUAUAUUUACAAAGUUGUAUGUGUAUACUAAAGACACAUGGGGUGUACUCAAAGGGAGUGUGAGAUUUUAUUAUGGUGAAGAUCAAAAAGACUGACUUUGACUUAACGCAUAUUACACAGACAUUUUCGGCUUUGUCUUUGUAUUCUGUUUCCUGUUUGUAACGGUGUAUUACAAUGUAGCUGCUUUUCCACAAUUUUAUCAUAUUGCUUUGGGCAUUGCUAUCUAAAAUGUAAUGUCUCUGUUGAAGUGUGUCCUGAACAGUUACCUUGUUCUUAGAUGUGCACUUACAAACUACCUUCACCCUUCAUGCGUACUCUUUUUUUUUUUUUUUUUUACCAAAGAGAUUAUCAGAUUGAUUGACAUUGGCAGCUGCAAUCUGUGGUAGUUCCAGAAUCACAGUGUUCUAAAUGAUGUAUGAAAAAGGUUCUGCCUAUUUCUUUUGUCCUUUUUGCACUACAUAUGUUAUACAACUGUAAAAGUAACACUUCUUUGUCAUCCUUGUCUUAAAAUGGAAGCGAAACGCACAAGUUGUCAUUAUUUUGUGUUUUACUUUGUUUUUACUUUUCUAUCGUUACAUUUGUUAUUCAUUCUCAUUGACUGUGUAAUGUGUUUGUAAGUCAGAAAAUAAACACCAUUGGCUGUACCCUUUCAA